CUCUUGCGAAUUUUGAAUGAACCAACAGUAAAUGGGAAGCCAACUGUUCAGCACAUCAUGAAGAUUAAAGCGCUCACGCGCUCAGCGGCCACGGCGCAAGCGCCAGGUUCUGAUGUCGCCAGACAGCCUCGCAACCUUGAUCCAGCACUACAUCCCUUCGAAAGAGCGAGAGAAUACACUCGUGCGCUCAAUGCGACAAAGCUGGAGCGUAUGUUUGCCGCCCCAUUUAUUGGGCAGCUCGGAAAGGGCCAUGUGGACGGAGUCUACACCAUGGCGAAGGACCCGAAUUCCCUGCACCGAUUUGCAAGUGGCAGUGGCGACGGAAUAGUGAAGGUCUGGGAUUUAACUAGCAGGGAGGAAAUUUGGAAUGUCGGUGCGCAUGAGAAUAUUGUGAAGAGUAUGAGCUGGACGAGAGACCAGAAGCUCUUGACUUGCGCUUCGGAUCGCUCGAUCAAGCUCUUCGAUCCUUACAACACACCCUCUGGAACGGCGCCAUUAGCGACGUGGCUGGGUACGAAUGCCUUUACGGGGAUAUCACAUCACAGGUCGAAGAAUGCGUUUGCGGCUUCGUCGGGAGUUAUUUCUAUCUACGACCUCGAGAGGUUUACCGCCCCACCAGAGGUGCUCAAGUGGCCAACAUCCACAGACACCAUCACCACCGUGCAAUUCAACCAGGUCGAGACCUCUAUCCUCGCCUCCUGCGCAACAGACAGGUCGAUCGUACUAUACGAUCUACGCACCUCAAUGCCCCUCGCAAAGACAGUCCUGAACUUCGCAUCCAACGCCAUCGCCUGGAACCCCAUGGAAGCCUUUAACUUCGCCGUAGCAAACGAAGACCACAACAUCUACGUCUUCGACAUGAGGAAGAUGAACAAAGCCCUCAACGUUCUUAAGGACCACGUCGCAGCAGUCAUGGACGUCGAGUACAGCCCCACCGGCGAGGAACUCGUGAGCGCCUCCUACGACCGCACCAUCCGCAUCUGGAAGGCCCGCAGCGGACACUCCAGAGAUAUCUACCACACCAAGCGUAUGCAGCGUGUUUUCUCCACCAAGUUCACUCCGGAUUCGAAAUACAUCCUCUCCGGCUCCGACGACGGAAACAUCCGCUUAUGGCGCGCCGAGUCGUCGAGACGCGAGGGUAUCAAGUCCGCCAAGCAAAGACAGGCGUUAGAAUACAACGCUGCGCUGUCGGAGAGGUAUCAGCAUAUGCCUGAGAUUCGCCGUAUCAAGAGACACAGACAUGUGCCGAAGGUGAUUAAGAAGGCUGGGGAGAUCAAGUCGGAGGAGCUUAAGGCUAUUAAGCGCAAGAUUGAGAAUGAGAGGAAGCAUACCAAGAAGCAGUUCCAGAAGAGGAAGCCGGAGCGCGAGAAGAUGGUGUUGGUCAACGAAAAGUAAAUUUUGUGGGCAGGGGGGAUUUUGGGGAACAUACCAGGCGUUGUUGGGUGGGUCGAUGCAGCAUUUGUUUGGAGUUGGGUUAUAUAGGCACUCCCAGUGUACGGGAAGAAGUACAAAAUUGAACAGAUUCACGACUACCGGUGUCAGCCAACCUUCAUUAUUCUAGCUGUUCAGUGAGAAUUUAUGUCUGUUCACGAGGUGCUAUCCGUCGUGCAAGGGUGGUAAAGACGACAACGGUAAGCCUUCAACUGUUUCUGUGCGUUUAUAUCGAUCGCUUUCAUUCUUAUUUCAUACUUUACGUCGCAUUUUUACAAUUAAGCAUGCACUCGGUUAUAUUUAACAAUUUCAUUAUUCAUCCUACUUGUACCCCAAAUAAGCCAAGUACACUACGCUCAAAAACCUCUCCUUAAAUGCUCUAAGCAGAAGCAGCACUCUCAGCGGCCAGCGCCUCCUUCCUCGACACACUAGCCGGGUCCAAAUACGGCCUUUCCCCCAAGCUCACCGCGCGGUUCCCCUUCCUCUCUCCAUAG